CGUACACAGGCACGUUGGGUCGGAAUUGGCGGGUUGCUGGAGGAGCGAUCGUGUAACGUUACCUUUUGUCUGACCAUCCAAAGAACCUCGGUAAAACAAUAGCAAACUCUUUCUCCAGUCGACAGAUUUUAAACGUUUGUCGACACUUAAAGCCGGUCUAGCUGCACUGAGCCACCUAAUUCGGUGUUAUUUCGCCCUUAAUUCGGUAUUUCACAGCACGGUUGACGCUGACAAGGAACCGGAAGGUUCCACAGAGCCUCGGCCCCAUCGACGAGCAUGAGCGAACCUACAGACACAGCUAGUGAUGCUCCCAGCGUCACCGCAGACAGCAAGCUGGCGGCCACAGCUGGGAAGAAGCAGACCAAGAAGAAGGUGGAGGAGGUGGUAGAAGAGGAAGAGGAAGAAUAUGUGGUGGAGAAGGUUCUGGACAGACGGGUGGUGAAGGGCAGAGUGGAGUUCCUUCUCAAGUGGAAGGGCUUCUCAGAUGAAGACAACACAUGGGAACCAGAGGACAACCUGGACUGUCCUGAUCUCAUUGCAGAGUACAUGCAAAAACACAAGUCAACUGAAAAGAAAGAUUCUAUUGGAAAGAGGAAAGGAGAAUCUGACACAGAUGGUGGAGAAGACAGCCGGCCCAAAAAGAGGAAAGAUGAGCAAGACAAGCCGAGGGGCUUUGCACGGGGGUUAGAGCCAGAACGCAUUAUUGGAGCCACAGAUUCCAGCGGCGAGCUCAUGUUUCUAAUGAAAUGGAAAAACUCUGACGAGGCAGAUCUCGUUCCAGCCAAAGAGGCCAAUGUGAAGUGCCCGCAGGUGGUCAUCUCAUUCUAUGAAGAGAGACUAACAUGGCACUCUUACCCUGCUGAGGAAGAAGAGAAGAAAGAUGAUAAGAACUAGGCCUGUGAGGGAGAACGAGAGAGGUGGCAAGUCAGGGGCAGUGUUAGACUAGUUUGGGUGGGGUGGGGGUAUUUGGGAUAUGGCCAGUUGAAAGACGGGAAAUCAGACACCCAAAAACUCUCCUACUCUCAAUGCCAUAAAACUUGGACUCAAAAUAUAUUCAGAGCAAGAUAUGCAGACGUGGAGUCAUCUUUAGUGGGCAAAAGUGAAUGUUAGUCAGAAUACUGACCACCGUAAGAAACACGGGAUCACUGUGUUUCUUUGCUUCUCUUUAUGUUGGAUUAUGGGAAAUGGGGUAUAUAUAUAUAUAUAUAUAUAUAUAUAUAU